CGGCGCUGUCAACGCAUUGCGUCCCUUGAACACGUUUUGCCGCGUUCCCUUAUGGGAGUUGUAGUUAUUUUAGUAUCCUUUACCCUAAGGAAGUCAGAGCGGAGACUACUUCACCCACAAGCCAUCGCGACGAGGUUAACGGGUCGGAGAGAAAAAGACGGAAAGAGAGGAGAAGAGCUGUAGGGGGCCCGGCAGAACCGUCGGCUGCAAAACGGAGUCUCACGCUGACGCUUCGCUUCUAAGAGCCGUGUGACGUGGGCUGACCAAUGGCAAAAGAGCUAAAGACUAAUGCCAGAGAAGAGGUUAUGAAAGGCUGUUAACUUACUGUGGUUGCUGGAAGUGAGGCAGUUCACAAACGGGGGUCCAAGAUGCCACACAUCGACAACAACAUUAAGUUAGACUUCAAGGAUGUGCUCCUGAGACCUAAACGGAGUACCCUCAAGUCCCGUAGCGAGGUGGAUCUCAUGAGAUCCUUUAUAUUCCGCAACUCCAAGCAAACAUACACCGGGAUCCCCAUCAUUGCUGCCAACAUGGACACGGUGGGCACCUUCGAAAUGGCUAAAGUGCUUUGCAAGUUCUCCCUCUUCACGACCAUCCACAAACAUUAUAGUCUGGAAGAGUGGAAGGAGUUCGCAGCCCAGAAUCCAGACUGCCUGCAGAAUGUGGCAGCCAGUUCAGGGACUGGUCCAUCGGAUUUCGAGCUGCUGGAGCAGAUCCUGGAGGCGGUGCCUGAGGUGCGCUACAUCUGCCUAGACGUGGCCAAUGGCUACUCCGAACACUUUGUCCAGUUCCUGAGGGAUGUGCGCAAGCGGUUUCCUCAUCAUACCAUUAUGGCUGGGAACGUGGUGACAGGGGAGAUGGUGGAAGAGCUUAUCUUGUCAGGCGCCGACAUAAUCAAAGUGGGGAUCGGACCAGGCUCAGUUUGCACCACGCGGAAGAAAACCGGGGUGGGCUACCCCCAGCUCAGCGCUGUCAUGGAGUGUGCCGAUGCUGCCCACGGUCUCAAUGGGCAUAUCAUCUCGGACGGAGGCUGCAGCUGCCCAGGGGACGUGGCAAAGGCCUUUGGUGCCGGUGCGGACUUUGUCAUGCUUGGCGGGAUGCUGGCCGGGCACACGGAAUCCGGCGGGGAGCUCAUUGAGAAGGGGGGCAAGAAGUACCGGCUCUUCUAUGGCAUGAGCUCCGAGGUGGCAAUGAAGAAAUAUGCUGGAGGCGUUGCGGAGUAUAGGGCGUCUGAAGGAAAGGUGGUGGAAGUGCCCUUCAAGGGCGACGUGGAGCACACCUUGAGGGACAUCCUGGGGGGCAUCCGCUCCACCUGCACCUACGUGGGGGCUGCCAAGCUGAAGGAGCUCAGUCGCAGGACCACCUUCAUCCGGGUUACCCAGCAGGCCAACCCGAUCUUUGGGGAGGUAGACCAGUCCUGACCUCGUCCUCUCCAAAGGUGCGACUUAGCUCCUGGGUGGCGUUCCUCCUCUCCACCCCAAGCCCACUUACCUUGGUGGGGGGCAGUCAUACAGGAGGCCCGGCCAUUUGGGGACAGGCUGGCAGUCCUGAAGGUUCCCCCAACUGUCCCUGGCACUGACCAAAUAAAACCUCCGUGUCCUUCCUUUCACUCCGUGGAGAAGCCUGCUAGCAGCCUCUGUUCCAGUGUGGGGUCAGGCUUCCCCACUUCUCAAUUUGUGGGCACAUCUCUUAUUUACUGGCAAUCAUGCGCCACUUUUUGCUUACUGUGAUCUUCAAAGUGGUUUCCGUACCACAUGACUCCAUCUUUGUUUCAUGAGCCCAGCGCAAAAGGGAGCAAGGCCACCUCCUCCCCCUCACGAGGGUCCAGGGAUGGGGCCCCUUCCCCAUCGUUUCCCAUCCUCCCUUCCCCAAGACAGACUGCAGCAGACAACCGGGUAAUGAAAUGGAAAUUUUUACACUGUUUACUGAACCCAAAAUAAAGCUAUAAAGUGAAGUUUG